GCGAGCGCGGAGGCGCCCCGCCCAGUCGGGGAGGCAGCGCGUGCCCGUGCGACCGCCAAGAUGGUGGUGGGCGCGUUCCCUAUGGCGAAGCUGCUCUACCUGGGCAUCCGGCAGGUCAGCAAGCCGCUUGCCAACCGCAUUAAGGACGCCGCCCGCCGGAGCGAGUUCUUCAAGACCUACAUCUGCCUUCCGCCGGCUCAGCUGUACCACUGGGUGGAGAUGCGGACCAAGAUGCGCAUCAUGGGCUUCCGGGGCUCCACCAUCAAGCCGCUGAACGAGGAGGCGGCGGCCGAGUUGGGUGCAGAGCUGCUGGGCGAGGCCACCAUCUUCGUGGUGGGCGGCGGCUGUCUGGUGCUGGAGUACUGGCGCCAUCAGAUGCAGCAGCGCAAGAAGGACGAGGAGUCUCGGGCCGCCUGGGACGCGAUGCAGGCCGAGGUGGGCCGCCUGGCGCUGGCCGUGGAGGCGCUGCAGGCCCAGGCCUCCCCCCACGGCGCCCUGGAGGAGCUGCGCGGCCAGAUGCAGGAGCUGCGGGCCCAGCUGGACGCCCAGGGCUCGUGCCCGCGCCGGGGCUAGGACGCAUCUCCAGACCUGCACGUGGACUUGA